AUGUCCAACUCGAUCUUGGGCUUCUCGCCUUGGCGCAGGCGAGCUUCGAGCCUCUCCUCGCACCGCGACCAGGCCCACGGCGACGGCGAGGACGGCGGCGAGCAUCACCAGGACUCGUCGCUGCCAAUCCCCUCCUCGCGCCUGCUCUCGUCAUCGGUCGGCUCGCCAAAGGGAGCACGCGAGCCGAUCCGCUCGUACAUUCACGCAUCGGUGAGGGAUCAGCUCGCACCCGUCGACAGCGAGCAGAACGCCCGCACGGUCCGCGAGGACACGGCCGAGCUCGCGAGCUACCUGCUGUCGGACGGCUCGGCGCAACGGCGGGCCUCGUUCCUGCAGCGGCAGCGUGGCUCAGUCCAGGAUCUCUUUUCGCCGGACCGCGACGGCCAUGUUGAGCGGCCCGACGACGACGCAUGCACCACCCAAACUAUCCAAGAAGUCUCGGAGCCGGCCUCACCAGAGAGCGAAUCGGAAGAACCUGCAGAGGAAGGAGGUCCGUCGGUCCUGGCCAACCUGCUUAAGAGGUCGCCGCCGCAAUCCGUCGCUGCCGACUCACCACUUCCGUCUGAGACGCAUCUGCCGAUACCCAAAGCCCCGUCGCCGCAGCCGGAGGCCCCGCUAUGGACAGACACCGAGCCCACGGCGACUGAGGAAACGCCACUCCUGGGGGAAUCCGCCCAGGUCCUGUACGACCACGCUGUGGAUGAGGAGGGUCAGAAGAAGCCACCCACCAGGAGGUGGCUCAGUGGGCUUUCAGAGCGAGGUCAAAAGAUCCAUGGCCACGUCGCCAAUGCCGUCGCGGUAGCGGCUAAUCCGCGGCGCUGGGAUCACCGGGCAAUAUGGCGUAACCUCAUCGUCGAGCCUGUCUCUUGCCUCCCCGCCGUGGCUGUUGGCCUGUUGCUAAACAUACUCGACGCUCUUUCUUACGGCAUGAUUCUGUUCCCGCUUGGAAAGCCAAUCUUUGCGCACUUGGGUUCCGCCGGCAUCUCCAUUUACUACGUCAGCACCAUUGUUUCCCAGCUCAUCUUCUCCACUGGAAGCAUCUUCAGGGGGGCAGUAGGCUCAGAACUGAUUGAAGUCGUGCCCUUCUUCCACAACAUGGCCCAGAAGAUUACCGAUAUUGUCGGCGAGGACGACCCUGACGCCGUAAUUGCGACGACAAUUGUGGCCUACGCCACGAGCUCCAUGAUGACAGGCCUGGUGUUUUAUCUCAUGGGCAAAUUUAAAUUCGGCUACAUGGUCGGCUUCAUCCCCAGGCACAUCUUGAUCGGAUGCAUUGGUGGUGUCGGAUGGUUCCUAAUCGCCACAGGCUUCGAGGUAUCGGCAAGACUGGACGGCAGCCUCGAAUACGACCUCGACACCCUCAAGAAGCUUAUGCAGGCCGACACCGUAUUGCUGUGGAUCUUCCCUCUGGUCCUGGCAAUUGUCCUGUUCUACGGCCAGUCCAAGGUCCGGUCCAAGUACUUCCUGCCGCUGUACAUCUUAGCGAUACCCCUGGUCUUUUACAUAUUUGUUGCGGCCAUCGACGUGUUGAACGCAGACACCCUCCGCGACCAUGGAUGGAUCUUCCAGGGACCACCGCCGGAUGAACCCUGGUGGUACUUUUAUACGUUGUAUCAGUUCAAGCUGGUUCGAUGGGACGCCGUCGUGGAGGUCAUUCCGGCCAUGCUGGCUCUCACGUUCUUCGGCAUCCUCCAUGUGCCCAUCAACGUUCCGGCGCUGGCGCUCAACUGCGGCGAGGACAACGCUGAUCUGGACAAGGAGCUGAAGCUCCACGGCUACUCUAACUUCUUGUCUGGUUGCUUCGGCAGCAUCCAGAACUAUCUCGUGUACGCCAAUACGGUCUUUUUCAUUCGGUCAGGAGGCGACAGGCGCUUGGCUGGGUACAUUCUGGCCGCGCUCACCUUCGGAGUCAUGCUGAUCGGCCCGUCCCUCAUUGGCUUUAUCCCCGUCAUGAUGGUGGGAACACUCAUUUUCGAUCUCGGCUUCGAGCUGCUGCUGGAAGCCGUUUGGCUUCCGCGGAAGAAACUCAAGGUUGCCGAGUACCUGACUGUGAUUGCAAUUGUACUAGUCAUGGGCAUCUACGACUUUGUUGUUGGUAUCGGUGUGGGCAUUUUGUUGGCCUUUGUGUCGCUCAUCAUACAGACCUCGCGAGUGUCUGCCAUUCGAGGGACAUACGACGGCGACAUUGUCACCUCGACAGUGCGACGCAACCCGUCGCAACAUCAUUACUUGCACCAAGCGGGACAACAGAUUUACAUCAUCAAACUAAAUGGCUACCUCUUCUUCGGCACCAUCGUCAGCGUCGAGGAAAAGAUCCGAGCGAUCCUAGACGAUAACGUGUUUGCGAAGAAGCCCAUCAAGUUCCUCAUUCUGGACUUGUGGCAUGUCAGCGGGCUUGACUACUCGGCAGGUGAGGCGUUCAACACCAUAAGUCGGCUCCUCGACAACAAGGGGGUCCUUUUGGUGCUCAGCGGCGUCGACGCCGACAGCCAGCUUGGGCGGAACUUGCGCGCUGUCGGUCUCGGGAGCGACAAGAUUGAGGUCACAAUGCUCCCUAACCUGAACUCAGCACUAGAAAGCUGCGAGAACGAGCUCUUGAAGACUCUCUACGCAAGACAAGAAGAGUUGAAUGGGGCAAAGCGAAACGCCACAGCAAGCCUGGAUGUACCUACGGCCACGACCACGUCGGCAUUGUCAUCAUUCGAUCCUCCGUUCAAUUCACCCCGGCAAAACCACUUGGCCGAGGCGGCGCGGGAAGCCCUGACCAACGUCGAGGUUCAGCGGCCGUCCAGGUGGCAGAGCUUCAAGGAGCCACUGCGACUCAUGCUGCAGGUAUUCCAGGGCCUGAGCGACAAGAACGAAGACUUUUGGUUUCAGGCAGCCUCAUACUUUAAGCGAAAGGAGUACGCAGCGGGCAAGGUGCUCUUCCAGCGCGGGGAGCCUGCCCACGGGUUCUACCUCGUCGAGCGGGGCAUCCUCCGCGCCGAGUACGACCUGCCUCAGGGAUGGCUUUGCGAGAGCAUCGUUGCGGGAACGACGUGUGGCGAGCUGCCUUUCUUCUCUGAGACGGAGCGGACGGCGACGGCGCAGGUAGACAGGGACUGCGUGGUCUGGCAGAUGGACCGUGAGAGCUGGGAGAAGCUCCAGAAAGACCAUCCGGACGUGGCGCGGGAGCUGCUGCGGAUAUCGCUCAAGUUGACGAGCGAGCGUAUGAGCGCCAUUACGUCGUAUAUUUUGGCUAUGGCCGGGUAG